ACUUAUCCUUGUUGUCAGGCUGUGCAAAGCAUUAUGGGUAGACUCGAUCAGAUGACCCUCGGCUCUCCCGUGAGAGCUGCUGCUGCUUCUGUUACACUGCUAGCCACCAAGAAUAUCACGAAUAUUUAAAGGCUGAGCCAUGAGGCACCUGCUCUUUCUUCUCCCGGCCCUGCUGGUGCUCCUGGCCCUGCCAGACACAAGGGGGCGCUACAACGAUGACUUCGAUGAUGGCGAGGACAUCGCAGAGUUUGAUGACAACGACUUUGCCGAGUUUGAGGAUGUCAACGAGGACCCGGGAGUUGAUACGGAGAAAGAACCACCUCAGCGAGCGGCCCCUUCAUCUACACCUGUGGAGGACGAUGAAGAUGAAGCUACAGUGGAGAACGAGGACGGGCAGGAUGAGUUUGAGGAUGCUGAUGGGCAGGAUCAAGACAUGUACAGCAAGUAUGACAACGAGGAGUUUGAAGGCUACGAAAAGACCAACCCAUCUUUUAAAGACACACUAAUAUACAGAGAGGUCCCAGCACACCUUCAAAAUAGCUGGGAGAGUUACUACAUGGAGAUCUUGAUGGUCACUGGUCUCCUUGCCUACAUUAUGAACUACAUCAUUGGAAAAAACAAGAACAGCAGGCUCGCCCAGGCUUGGUUUAAUUCCCACAGAGAACUUCUCGAGAGCAACUUUGCCCUUGUGGGGGAUGAUGGCACCAGUAAGGAGGCCACCAGUACAGGGAAGUUAAAUCAGGAGAACGAGCACAUCUAUAACUUGUGGUGCUCAGGACGUGUCUGCUGUGAAGGGAUGCUGAUCCAGCUUAAGUUUCUGAAAAGACAGGAUUUGCUUAAUGUGCUGGCAAGAAUGAUGAGACCUGUCUGUGAUCAAGUGCAAAUUAAAGUGACUCUGAAUGAUGACGACAUGGACACUUUUGUUUUUGCGGUUGGGAGUCGGAAGGCCAUGGCACGGAUGCAGAAAGAGAUGCAGGACCUGAGUGAGUUCUGUGGGGACAAGCCCAAGUCGGGGGCAAAAUAUGGCAUCCCUGACUCUCUGGCCAUCUUAGCGGAGAUGGGAGAGGUCACGGAUGGAGUGAUGGACAGCAAGAUGGUGCAUUACCUCAGUAAUCACGCUGACAAGAUCGAGUCCAUCCAUUUUUCGGACCAAUUCUCUGGUCCAAAAGUUAUGCAAGAGGAGGGUCAGCCCUUAAAGCUGCCUGAGACCAAGAAAACACUGCUGUUUACAUUUAAUGUGCCUGGGAUGGGUAACACAUCUCCCAAAGAUAUGGACAGUCUGCUUCCUUUGAUGAACAUGGUGAUCUACAGCAUUGACAAAGUCAAGAAGCUUCGUCUCAAUAGAGAGGGCAAGCAGAAAGCCGACAGGAACCGUGCUCGUGUGGAAGAGAACUUCCUGAAGCAGACUCACGCUCAACGCCAGGAAGCCGCUCAAACUCGCCGGGAAGAGAAGAAGAGAGCGGAAAAAGAGAGGAUCAUGAAUGAGGAGGAUCCAGAGAGACAGCGCCGCCUAGAGGAAGCCGCCCAGCGUCGUGACCAGAAGAAGCUUGAGAAGAAGCAGAUGAAAAUGAAGCAGAUCAAAGUAAAAGCCAUGUGAAAAGAGAGACGCUCACAAACACUCAUUGUCAUUAGAGACAUAUUGUACUACUACUACUUCCGUAGUUCAUGCUUGCACCUGCCAGUGUACACUCUUAUACAAAGUCUUACAUGAAUGUGCAUGCCAUCCUAUUGGCUACUACUUUACCAGUAGAAAAUAAAUGCAUUCUCUGUUCAAUCAGGAGAAGGCAGUUGGUUGUUAAGGAGUAAAUCUGAUCUUUAAAAGACAACUGGAUUGGCGAUCUGUUUGAAAAUGUUUUACUGUAGCAGUAAUUUAAAGCAUGGGUGUUGGUAAAUAAUUGCAUGGCAGAUUUUAUUUCAUUAGGAUCAGUGCCAAGCAUGUUGCUUUUCUCGCAGGCUUUGCCAUAAUUCAACAUCUUCAUCAACCCAACCUUUUCCAAUCAGUUGUCUCCUAAAGUUCAGUAAGGAUUCUCCAUAGCAGGGUUUUGUCAAGAGGACCUUUGUGUCAUCUGAAGUUUCAUUGAAUUUCUUGUCAAGAGUUCUUUUAAAAGUAAAAUCAGGAAGUGUUUUUAAAAGGAAAUGAAUUCGAAAAAAUGCUGGAAUAUUUUAAACCUCUAGUUGUGCCAUAAAGGGACACCCAACCGUUGGGUUAUAAUAAGGUUAUUUAUUAACCUAUGCUGGGUUGUUUCAGCCUAUGGUUGUGUCUGAUAUAAGGUCUGUCCCUUUUUGACCAAGUCAUGAGUUAAAAGCAGCAUUUUUUUGAGAGUAUGGCUGGAUCAGAAACCUUUUUGUAAUGCAGUGCUUCCUUCUUUCUGACAUUUCAUGAUUGCAGCUUUUUUAUAGAUCAAUAAUAGCCACAUUGUUAUGUAGUCUCUAUUUUUCUCCUUUUUUUAUUGAGCAAAAGUCAACGGUAAAUUGUCACUAGGCAGCACAAACUCCUUUAUAUGUAUUUAAAAGUGAAUUUUUAAUUUAUCUAUAAAUUAAAGGUCGAUCAGACCUGAACCAUGAGCUUAUGUCAUAUUAAAAAGUGAACAUUGACUGUAACCCUUUUCUGUAACAUUUUCUGUUCAUAAUACGGUGCACAACUUAAUAAAACUGAAAACCUUUAUUGA